AGGCUAUGACUUGGAAUAGCCUUUGUUGAAUUUAUUUUUGAAAUGAUGUCUGUGAAGAAAAUUAAGUCAGUUGUCUGCCAAAAAAAAGAUGACAGUGAAUGUAGCAACAAACAAACAAAAAAACGGAUGUGAAUUCCUUUGAACGAAUUCAUAAACAACCAAAUAUCAGGCAUUCAAAUUGAACAAAACAUCCAAGCUCGAGCUACAGGUGUUCAAACCCCGUGCCUGUCCGUCUCCUGGCUGGAGGCUGAGAGCCCUAAAUAAAACGCACGCGCCGCGCCGGUCUCCUCUCCUCUCCAGUUAACCACACUAACUGCUUGAAGCUGUUCGCUUGUUAUCUGACAGGGCUGGCUGGCUGCAAUGUUCAUGCACCAUGUCUCGCGAGAGAAGCCGGGCUCCGCUUGACGAGAUCUGAGACACUCAGGUGUAAGAGCCCUUCUCUCAUCCCUCUCGGCAGCCAGUGGGAACAGUAGACGGCAGAUAAGUGCGUCGGCCUGGGAGACUGCAGGCAUCUCUGACUGUGUGAUCUUCGUGCUCAAGGCUGAUCCGGCUGUAUUGCAUCAUUACUGGACCACUGUCUAUGACUAGGCUACUACAUCUUUCCAUUGCGUCAAUUUUAGCCCCUUUACUCUUUAAAGAAAAACAGUCGCAAAGAUGAUGUCAAUGAAUAGCAAACAGCCACACUUCGCCAUGCAUCCGAGCUUACCUGAGCACAAAUACACCACUCUGCAUUCCAGCUCGGAAGCAAUAAGGAGAGCCUGUCUGCAAGCUCCACAGCUGCAGAGUAACAUAUUCGCCAGCCUGGAUGAGACCCUCCUGGCCCGCGCCGAAGCUCUGGCUGCCGUGGACAUCGCAGUGUCCCAGGGCAAGACGCACCCUUUCAAACCGGACGCCACCUACCACACCAUGAACAGCGUGCCAUGCUCUUCCAACACCACGGUGCCACUGGCCCACCACCACCACCAUCACCACCACCACCACCACCCCAACAUGGAACCCCCGGACCUCAUGGAUCACAUUAACUCCCCGUCCUUAGCUCUCAUGUCCAGCCACGACGGCUCCGGGGGCGGGGGUGGAGGAGGUGGUGGCGGGCUGAUCGCCACCUCUGCUCACCCUCACCCUCACUCACACAUGCAUGGCUUGAGCCACCUCUCGCACCAGGCCGCUAUGAACAUGAAUUCCCCUCUCACCCACCACGGCCUUUUACCUGGACACCAUGGAGGGGGCCAGGGCGGGCCAGGACUCAAUAACAACGGCCUUUCCUCUAUCAAUGACUCGGACACUGAUCCCAGGGAACUAGAGGCAUUCGCGGAGCGCUUCAAGCAGAGGCGGAUCAAGCUGGGGGUGACCCAGGCGGACGUUGGCAAUGCGCUGGUUAACCUGAAGAUACCCGGCGUGGGAUCGCUAAGCCAAAGCACCAUUUGUCGGUUCGAAUCGUUGACUCUGUCCCAUAACAACAUGAUAGCGCUUAAACCCAUCCUUCAGGCGUGGCUCGAGGAGGCCGAGGGCGCGCAGAGAGAGAAACUCAACAAACCUGACAUUUAUAGCGGAGGGGAAAAGAAACGGAAGAGAACGUCGAUAGCGGCACCAGAAAAGAGAUCUUUGGAGGCUUACUUCGCCGUACAACCUCGCCCGUCGUCCGAGAAGAUAGCAGCUAUUGCUGAAAAGUUGGACCUGAAAAAGAACGUGGUUCGAGUGUGGUUUUGCAACCAAAGACAAAAACAGAAACGGUUAAAAUUCUCCGCUUGCCACUGACUAUAGGCUAUUGAUGCGUUAAAAAAUAAACAAGAAAAAUGUUGAGACUGAAUUUGGGGACCAAGGUCUUCUUUUGUCGCCGACGGGGUUUACAACUUGGGUGCAAAAAAAACAAUGACCAUUAGAUACUACGCACAUUUUAUGAAGCUUCAUAUAACGGUUUUAGUUUAUUUUCACGUUAUUGGUGAAUGUGAAGUAUGCAAAUAUCCGAAACUCCUCCAGAGGAAACUCGCGCAGUGGUUCUGAGAGGAAACUAUCAACUUUGCCUUUUUAAAAACAUUAUUGUGGGGGAAAAAAAAGUUAAUUUGCUUUAGCGAGUAAUUUGAUUUGAAAUAUUAUAUAGCCAUUUACGAAUUACCUCAUUGUUGAACUCUUUGGUUUGGUUAAUUUAUAAUAAGCUUAUAUACAAUUAUUUAUUUACCUAUUUCUGUAUUUAUUUGUGAUAACAUUUUGGGGGCUGCUGUGAACUCUGUUUUAAAAUAAUGUAGCAAACUGAAUUAAAACAAGAAACUCGAUAGUGCAGAAGCCUGAAUGAUAUGAUCGUCCUUUCGCUUCUGAAUGUGACAGUCAAAGCUAUUAAAAUUAUCACAUUUAUUUACAAUUUGCACUAACAUUUAGGCAGUCAUUGGUUUUGUUUAUAUCGGUUAUUAUUAGGUCCAAAUGGUUUUGUGUAAUGUAUGUAU